AGAGUGUUUUCUCUCACCUUGGCAGAUCUGUCAAGGGAGACAAGCCUGGGAGCUGUUGACUUGCGCCUGUCUCCACUAGUCCAGUCCAAAGGCAGAAACCAGCUGAGUGGUGUCUGUGAGCGCGGCAGGGAGGAGGGAGCUGUGGGGCUGGAGCGCCACCAGACAGGGACGCAGGGAGGGACUCGGUCUGGGAUUUACCCCGGGACAGGCCUGUGGAGCUCGGGGAGUCGUCCCUGCGCGGGCGCUCAGGGCGGUGCCCGCGGUGCGGCGUGGGCCGGAUCGCGACCCCAGUCCCUCCCCGGGGCCGAGUCGCAGCGGCGCGCGCGCCGCCCACGCGCGAUCGUCGCUAUCGCGGCGGCCCGGCUGGCCCGGCCUCGUAGCGCGGGGACCCUGCCAGCCAUGGCCCAGAUCAGCGACCAGACUCUGCCCGGGCCCGAGACCACAGUGCAGAUCCGUGUCGCCAUCCAGGAGGCCGAGGACGUGGAGGAUCUGGAGGAGGACGACGAAGGGACCUCGGCGCAGGCAGCGGGGGACCCAGCCCGGUACCUCAGUCCUGGCUGGGGCAGCGCCAGCGAGGAGGAGCCAAGCCGCGGGCACAGCAGUGCCACGACAAGUGGAGGUGAGAAUGAGCGCGAGGAGCUGGAGCCGGAGUGGAAGCCCCCAGAUGAGGAGCUCAUUAGGAAGCUGGUGGAUCAGAUUGAGUUCUACUUUUCGGAUGAGAACCUGGAGAAGGAUGCCUUCCUGCUCAAGCACGUGCGGAGGAACAAGCUGGGCUAUGUGAGCGUCAAGCUGCUCACCUCCUUCAAAAAGGUCAAACACCUCACGCGGGACUGGAGAACCACAGCACAUGCCUUGAAGUAUUCGGUCACCCUGGAACUGAAUGAAGACCACCGAAAAGUUAGGAGGACCACCCCUGUGCCACUGUUCCCCAAUGAGAACCUCCCGAGCAAGAUGCUGCUGGUGUAUGAUCUACACCUGUCCCCCAAGCUAUGGGCCCUGGCCACGCCCCAGAAGAACGGAAGGGUGCAGGAGAAGGUGAUGGAGCACCUGCUCAAGCUCUUUGGGACUUUCGGAGUCAUCACAUCGGUACGGAUCCUCAAACCUGGCAGAGAGCUGCCUCCUGACAUCCGGAGGAUCAGCAGCCGAUACAGCCAGGUGGGGACCCAAGAGUGUGCCAUUGUGGAGUUCGAAGAGGUGGAGGCCGCCAUUAAAGCCCAUGAAUUCAUGGUCAGUGAAUCGCAGGGCAGGGACAACAUGAAGGCUGUCUUGAUCGGGAUGAAGCCGCCCAAAAAGAAACCCCUCAAAGACAAGAACCACGAUGAUGAGCCCACUGCUGGUACCCACCUAAGCCGGUCCCUAAACAAGAGAGUGGAGGAGCUGCAGUACAUGGGGGAUGAGUCUUCCGCCAACAGUUCCUCCGAUCCUGAGAGCAAUCCCACCUCUCCUAUGGCUGGCCGGCGGCAUAUGGCCGCCAACAAGCUCAGCCCUUCUGGCCACCAGAAUAUCUUCCUGAGUCCAAAUGCCUCCCCAUGCUCAAGCCCUUGGAGCAGCCCCUUGGCCCAGCGCAAGGGUGUCUCCAGAAAAUCUCCCCUGGCUGAGGAAGGCAGACUAAACUUCAGCACCAGCCCCGAGAUCUUCCGGAAAUGCAUGGAUUACUCUUCGGACAGCAGUGUCACUCCCUCAGGCAGUCCCUGGGUUCGCAGAAGGCGCCAAGCUGAGAUGGGGACACAAGAGAAAAGUCCCGGGGCAAGUCCCCUGCUGUCUCGAAGGGUGCAGACUGCAGAUGGGUUACCUGUAGGGGUGCUGAGGUGGCCCCGAGGCCCCGACAACACUAGGGGCUUCCAUGGUGGACAUGAGAGAAACCGAGCCUGUAUAUAAUACCUUCUAUUUUUAAUACCGGCUCCGCUAAAAACAAACUUUGUUUUCAAGGUCUUCACAAGUAGCUAGCAUGACAGAGAAUGGAACUCGGUUUUUGUACCCGUGUAGACCUCGUAAUUUAUAUAUUUGUAAGGUAUACAAAUUGUGAUGUGUGCCAUGGUUUUAAGAUCAUCUUCUGGCUGGGGCUUCUCGCUCCCAGCAUGGCCGCUGUUUCGACAAUGCCUGACAUGUGUUGAGUAUGAUGGCUCUGAAGGGCUGUGGGGACACGGGCUCUCUGGGAAAAUGUGGUAGUGGGUUUGUCUGCCGGGACUGGCUUUUUCCUGCAAUGACUGAGCUGUCUGUCCUUGUCGGACCAUGCAAGGGCUCCUGAGACCUCGAAGGAGUUUUUGCUCAAUGGCAAAUCCUUCAGCCAAUAGCAUGGUGUCUUAUAGGACUGUCUAUUCCCUGUGAAGUGAAUAAAUAAUUAAACACC